GGCGGGGAGGCGCGGGGCCACCCCCAGGCCGAGCCGGGGCGGGACGACGCGUCCAGCGGCCGCGCAUCCAAACAACCGUGCCGUGCGUCCGAGCGGGAGCCGAGCGCGGAGCUGCGGGGCCAUGGAGAAAGCGCGGCCGCUCUGGGCCAACCCGCUGCAGUUCGUGUUUGCCUGCAUCUCCUACGCCGUGGGCCUGGGCAACGUGUGGCGCUUCCCCUACCUGUGCCAGAUGUACGGCGGAGGUAGCUUUCUGGUCCCGUACCUCGUCAUGCUCGUCGUGGAGGGGAUGCCACUCCUGUACCUGGAACUGGCGGUGGGACAGCGCAUGCGGCAGGGCAGCAUCGGCGCCUGGAGGACCAUCAGCCCCUACCUCAGCGGUGUUGGUGUCGCCAGCGUGGUGGUCUCCUUCUUCCUCUCCAUGUACUACAACGUCAUCAACGCCUGGGCCUUCUGGUACCUCUUCCAUUCCUUCCAGGAUCCCCUGCCGUGGUCUGUCUGCCCACUGAAUGGCAACUAUACGAGCUAUGACGAGGAAUGUGAGAAGGCCUCCUCGACGCAGUACUUCUGGUACAGGAAAACGCUCAACAUCUCCCCGUCCAUCCAGGAGAACGGGGCUGUGCAGUGGGAGCCAGCACUGUGCCUCCUCCUGGCCUGGCUCAUAGUGUACCUGUGCAUCCUGAGGGGCACCGAAUCAACUGGCAAGGUGGUGUAUUUCACUGCAUUGCUGCCCUACUGCGUGCUCAUUGUCUACCUGGUCAGGGGCCUCACACUGCACGGAUCCACCAACGGCCUGCUGUACAUGUUCACUCCGAAGGUGGAGCAGCUGGCCAACCCCAAGGCCUGGAUCAACGCAGCCACUCAGAUCUUCUUCUCGCUCGGCCUGGGGUUCGGCAGCCUGAUCGCCUUCGCCAGCUACAACGAGCCCUCCACCAACUGCCAGAAACACGCCAUCAUCGUGUCCCUCAUCAACAGCUCCACCUCCAUAUUUGCCAGCAUCGUCACCUUCUCCAUCUAUGGCUUCAAAGCCACCUUCAACUAUGAAACUUGCUUAAACAAGGUGAUUCUGCUGCUCACCAAUUCUUUUGACCUUGAAGAUGGCUUUUUGACAGCCAGCAACCUGGAGCAGGUGAAGGCCAACCUAUCGUCUGCCUACCCGAGCAAAUACAGCGAGGUGUUCCCACAAAUUAAAAACUGCAGCUUGGAAUCGGAGCUAGACACGGCAGUCCAGGGGACUGGCCUUGCGUUCAUCGUCUACACUGAGGCCAUCAAGAACAUGGAGGUGUCCCAGCUGUGGUCGGUGCUCUACUUCCUCAUGCUGCUGAUGCUGGGCAUUGGGAGCAUGCUGGGGAACACGGCGGCCAUCCUCACCCCUCUGACCGACAGCAAGGUCAUCUCCUAUCACCUGCCCAAGGAGGCCAUCUCAGGUCUGGUGUGCCUCAUCAACUGCGCCAUUGGCAUGGUGUUCACCAUGGAGACUGGAAGCUACUGGUUUGACAUAUUCAACGACUACGCAGCCACGCUGCCCCUGCUGCUCAUCGUCCUGGUGGAGAUCAUCGCGGUGUGUUACGUGUACGGGCUGAGGAGAUUUGAAAGUGACUUUAAGGCCAUGACCGGCUGCAACCUGAACUGGUACUGGAAGGUGAUGUGGGCUGGCGUGAGCCCGCUGCUCAUCAUCAGCCUCUUCCUCUUCUACCUGAGUGACUACAUCCUCACAGGGACUCUGCAGUACCAAGCCUGGGACGCCUCCCAGGGCCAGCUUGUGACCAAGGAUUACCCCACGUACGCCCUGGCCAUCAUUGGGCUGCUCGUGGCCUCCUCCAUCAUGUGCAUCCCCCUGGUGGCCCUGGGCACUUGGGUCAUGCGCCACCUCCAGAGGGAAGACCCCGCCCCGGUGGCCUGAGAAGCAGGCUUCCCAGAGACUGCACCUGCUGCUCACAACUGGACAGCUACUCUUUGCAGGUGGAGCCUCCUCAACUGCUUUUUAAAAUAUGAAGGCCAGAAGUACUCAGCCCAUCAGCUUCCUGACUUUGAAGAAGAUGGGAAGAUCUGGAGGAAGGAGAGUCCUUCGAGAGUUCUCUACCACUCAUGCACUGGCUCUUCCUGCCCUCCCAAGGUUGCACUGUGCUACCUCUUGGCCAUCUGGGGAGGCAGCUUGAAGAUAACUGCGUUCCUGAUUCCAGGAAAGUUCUAGAAUUAAGGCCCACUGUGAGGUGAAAUUGACUGUAAUUUUUAUGGAAUUAAAUUUAAGCAAUUUUUUUUCAAAAGAGACCCCAAAAUAUUAGAGGGUACUCAUUUUUGGAACAAUCUGAGUUUUCAAGUGCCUGAAAGGACAUAUGUGAAUGACACUGAUGCAAAAUGAGUUCUGUUUUUUUCAGUCAUAGUGAAUAUGCAAUUUCAGUGCUCUCUGUCUCCUGCUCUUUAAAUGCUAAAAGGAUCGGCUGAUCAUAAAGAGGGCAAACCUUUGGGCCCCCCCAAAGGUCACCUUUUUCUAAUCUGAAUCCAGGGCUAGCCCUCUCUACAAAAGCUGUCCCAAAUAUAGCUUGCAAUCCCAAACCACUGCUGGCAUGGUUACGUGAGGAGAGGCGUGUGUACAGUGAGACUCUGCUCAAGCGUGUCUCAGUGCUCUGCAAAAGGUGCCAGAAGCCACUGUGAGGAGGAAAGUGAAUCUGACCUCCCCAUAGACUUAAUGUUACGUUUGGACACGAUGACCAACUCUCUAUAGGGAAAACCCAAACAUCACCAUAAUCAAUUUUAUUAUUUAUCUGUACAUAAGAGUUUUCUAAAAUGUAUAUAAUUCAAACAGAGCCUCUCGUAACUGAACACAUUCCAUAUUUAUGAUACAGCAUUGGUCCCCCAUGCAAAUUUAUCUCCUGUCUGUUUUUACUGCCAUAAAGCAGGUUACCCCCUAAAGUGACAGGGUCCCUCCCUGCUAUACAUUAUGUGCUUCCUUGAGAUCAUGGAAUGCAGGAAAGUUUCUUUGGGAACAUUUGUACAGAUAUCUUUGAGGACACUUAAACACUCACUUGGGAUGUUGGCCAGAGAUGUCUACUUUGUUUUUGUUUUGUUCUUUAAUUUUUUUUGAUGUUAUAAAUUUCCCUAUAGCAAAACAGCCUUAGAAGGGUCUUCUGCUGUCUUGGGCUGCCCUCGUAUCAACACUUCCAGCUUCAGCUGAUGUCCAGUCAUAAAAUGAUCAACUUGCCUUUAGAAUGCAUACAUUUAUUCAUCCCAAAUAUUCAGUCCUCUGAUUUCUCAUCAGAUGGUUCUUUCAUGUAAAGAAACCUCAGACAUCAGGUUUGAAGAGUGGGCGCACUCAAUGGCAAAUACACAGCACAGAGUCUGUUCCUGAAUCUUUACAGAUCUGUCCCUCUUCUCAACAACCAGCCGUGGUCACUGUCUUAAAUAGGCUCAGUCAUCGAUCAAUGUGUUUAAGCCCUGAAUGAAAAGAUGCUCGUUAUCCUAAGUCGUUACUUUAUUCAGUUCCUCAAUUCAGUGGUUCUCCACCUUGGCUGCCCACUAGAACCACCUAGGAGAACUUAAACUCUCUUUGCCCAAGUUUUGCUUCAGAACCAUUCCAUCAGAUCCUCUGGGAAGGGGACCCAGGCCUCAGAAUUUUUUUAAAAACUCCCUAAGUAAUUCCAAUGUCCAACCAAAUUUGAGAAAUAGUGCCCCAUUCGAGAAAAGAAGGAAACUGUGUGGUACAUAUAGGAAUAAUUACAUUAAAAAUGACUUUUAAGUUUUUUCUUUUUAGCAUUUCUAAAUGUACGGAAAAGUCACUUCUACAGAAUAAUCUUUGCUCACUAAAGUCAGAUAAAUGAAAUGCCACCAUUAUAGAAUGAUGUGCUCCAGAUGAAAAUAUCUCAAGUUUCAGUUCAGUUUUACUCUGGUUUCUGUGAACUUCAUUAAAAACAGCACCUUUAUGGAUAAUCACUUUGAGCCAAUAAUACAUCUUGUCCCAAUGAUUCUUUGUUGACCAUCUUCUAGGUAUGGCACCAAAGUGGCUGUUUUGACAGUUAGCCGCCCUCCUUACAGUAAGCUGAAGAGAAAAAGGGGUUUCAUUCCUACAAAUGUAAGAAUAACUAUCACAUUAUGGCCACAGCAGGACUCUAGAGAGCUUUGUAUUUAUACUGGACACUUAUGAUCCUUGACUUAGCUCUAGGAAAUCAAGUAGAGAAAUACUUGUUUUUUAAACAAUUGUCAUCACAAAUAAAAUCCUAAGCAAGUAUA